AUGCAUGAGAAUGGCAGAAAACACAAGGAAAAUGCCGAAAGAUUUUUAAGCAAUGUCUAUCGUCGUGAGGAAGAAGAUCAGAAAGAACAGGAUAGAAUAAAACGAGAGCUAGAACGAAUAGAAAACGCCGCAAUGCGACAAUAUAAGAAAGAUGUUGCUUUAGCAUUACCGGGUUCAUCACUGUCUUCACUGAGAACGGCUGUUAAUGCCACAAUGACUGGGAAAGCCUCGACGGCGGAAGAAGACGCAUAUUACAAUACGCCAAAUGCUGACAAUUCCUUUUCCCAAUCGGUAGAAAUACCGCUCUCGACAACUGACAUAGAACAGGCUUCUUCGUCUCCCGAACAAUUACCCCAAAAUAGUGGUACCGAAGGCGUCAUGGGUGAAUGGCGAGCUGUCACGCCUCCCCCUCGACCGCAGUUGGAGGUAGAAGAUAAAGAGAGAAAGCGUGGAGAUGAUAAGGACCCCGAUCUUGAUGAGAGGGAUGAAGAUGAGAAAGUGACUUUUAAAAAGAGAAAAUUAGGCACGGCAAGUAAAAGUAGAAAUAUCAGGAAAAAGCUAAAAAAAUAG